UAAACGCCCAGAUAUGCUCGAGACCAGAUGCAAGUACUAUGAACCAUAAACGAACUUCAAACCAGCGGCGGCUUCUUCUUAAUCCCAAGACCGGCGUUAAACGGUUUCUUCGGUUUUCGCACCCUAGCAAACGAGGGAGGUGGUGGCAUAUCGGACUUCUCAACAGCCGGUGUCGCCCCACCCGAUGAAGAGGCUUCAUCCUCCACUAGUCGCUUAACCCUCUCUCCACCAUCUGUCAUAAAUGCCCUCCUCGCAGCCUCCUCAUCCUCCCUCUCAGCCCUAAGUUUCUCCUCGUCCGCCUCUCGUUGUGCCUUCAGCAACGCCGCCUCUUCACCAGCCCCUCUCUCCCCCCGCUCAAUCCUCGCAUUUCUCGUCCGAAUCUCAUCCAAAGCAUCCGCCACUGCCAUCUCGCGCUUCGAAUCCUGCAUUUUCUCCUCCAACUCCAUCAUCUUAUCCCGCUCUUCCCUCUCUUCCUUGUCUCCCUCCUCCCUCUCCAACCUAUCCAGCGUCUCAUCCAUUGUUUCAUUGACCUCACUUUCCUUGGCUUCCCUCCAGGGCUCAAAAUUACGCUUAGCACCGCGUUCGCACGUAUAGUCCAUGUUCUUGGGGUCGGUUUUGAAGGUUAUUUCACUGCUGCACCGAGUGCAGCGAAUAUAGAAGCGAUAAAUGGGGAUGUUUAGAUAUUUUUCUUCUGUAGUUUCUUUGCGCGCGUUGAACUUGCGACCUUUGUAUAUGUAUUCACCGCAAUUUGUGCAUUUUAGACUGAAUGGAGCCAUCAGGCGGACUGUUAGGAGCUUGGGACCCGUUGCCCGUAGGUGUUUAGGUGUCCGCGUUAUGACGGACGGGUCGAAGUCCGGGGGAUAGUACUUUGUGAGCACUUUGCGUUCAGACAUGGUGGGCUAAGUAAAUGAGCGUCUUUCUCAGUGAAAUUGUGGAUAACUAGUAACGGAUAGUUAUAUAUGAGGCUAUUUAUCACUUUGGCAGAUUAGAAUGAGGUGGUUGAAGAGCAGACGUGGCGUGAAUUGUGGCAGGGUUGAGGUUCGCGCCACCGAACUUUGGGGGAGGCUUCAAGAUCACACGUGGUAUUCAGCUCCCUCCUGUAGCUCCGAGCAAGAACAGAACCUCGACAAACAAAGUACCAGUGAAUUUAGGAUAUAGUUUCGAAGGUUGUUUCUACUUUGUCCAUUCAUCACAAGAGUAAACAGAACUUCUGUUAUAAAAUAUAUGAAGUACACAGUACAUCAAUAUACUAGGUAUUGUUUUGUCGGCUAAAUAUACAAAUACACAGAUUACCGUACCGAUACCCGCCAUGUGAUGUCAACAGACGCACAGACCACAUCUCGAUUGCUUCUUCCUCGCUGGGAAACAUCAACAGCGAGCUUUUUGCGACAAGCUCAACAUCCCAACAAAACAAACCUUCUACCUAGUAAGCACGCGGGGGAACCAUCUACAUGAAUUGUCCAACUCAGUCCGGAUGAGUGACUGUCCCUGAACACGGAAUUUUGAGGGGUACCGCGCUUGACGCUUCAUGGAGUCCUUUCUCCGCAGCUGGCGGCAGGACGCCCUGAACAAAGGCCAGCAUGAUGCAGCUAUCUACAUAGGCGACAAGGUGCUCGCCCUUACAAACAGUGACAAUGAUGCAUUCUGGCUUGCACAGGUACAUUUCUCAAACAACAAUUAUACUCGAGCACUAGCGUUACUAUCGAAGAAAGAUUUGAUCGCCCGGAGUUCGUCAUGUAGAUAUCUGGCAGCGCAUUGCUAUAUCAAGCAAAACAAAUUUGACCAAGCCCUCACCAUUCUUGGUGACAAUAACCCUACCCACCUUGUAGCCUCCUCCAGCAAUACCCGGCGGAAAUUACAGCAUCUGAAUGGGAAUUUCAAUAUUACGUUGCGCAAUGGGAAAAGUGCUUCCUCUCGGGCAGAUCGCGUUGAAAGAAGCGAAGAAAGAGAACGGGAAGAUGCCAAAAACAUCAAGUUUGAGGCUGCCAUGUGCUACCUGCGCGGAUUAUGCUAUGCCCGACAAAACGCUUUCGAUAGAGCCAGGGACUGUUAUAAAGAUGCUGUGCGAAUUGAUGUGCAGUGCUUUGAGGCAUUCGAUCAACUUAUGAAAAACUCUCUUAUGUCUCCAGCGGAGGAGCUCGAGUUCUUAGAAUCCCUCGAUUUCGACUCCAUUACGUAUUGUACAGACCCAUCAAUAGCUCAAGAAGCCGCUGAAUUUAUGAAACUCCUAUAUACAACUCGCCUAUCGAAAUACUCCUCCCCUUAUGCUCUCUCUUACGCUACAGAAACGCUAUCCACACAUUACAAUCUUGCCGAUAACCCUGAUCUUCUUCUCUCUCGUGCAGAAACUCUCUAUACUCAGUGUCGAUUCCCCGAGGCAUUGUCACUUACAUCCUCUAUUCUCUCAUCUUCUGAUGAUUCUGGACCCAUGCUUGCCUCACAGGGAAGUCAAGGUCAUAACCUUGGCCAUUCGCCUGCCGUUUACCCUCUCCAUCUCGCAUGUUUAUAUGAGACGGGCGCCACCAACGCUCUAUUUCUGCUUGCCCAUACUCUUGCCGAUAACGUUCCAGGGGAAUCAUAUACAUAUCUCGCUAUUGGUGUAUACUACAUGUCUGUUUGUAAAAUUUCUGAAGCCCGACGCUUUUUCUCCAAGGCCUCCCUUUUGGAUCCUCAUUCAGCCCCAGCCUGGAUCGGGUUUGCUCACACAUUCGCUGCAGAGGGUGAACAUGACCAGGCAAUUGCAGCAUACAGUACUGCUGCGAGGUUAUUCCAAGGAAGUCACCUUCCGCAACUCUUUUUGGGAAUGCAGCAUCUUGCUCUAAACAACAUGUCUCUGGCUCACGAGUAUUUGUCUGCCGCCUAUUCAAUGUCAUCCGGCUCAAUGUCUGAUACCAUUCCAUCUUCUACUGAGUCAUUAUCUCAAUCGCCUGCUCCAUCAGGUGGCGACCCACUGGUGCUUAAUGAACUAGGGGUCGUUUUAUACCACGAAAAUAACCUUGAAGGUGCCGUCGAAUUAUUUCGCCAAGCGCUAGCCUUGGCCUCGUCAUUAAAUUGUGACCCAGGUGCGUGGCUCGCCACGAGAGCUAAUUUAGGGCAUGCUCUGCGUCGUUUGGGACAUUUUGAAGAAGCACUGGCGGAGUUUGAUGAAUCCCUUCGAAUCGGAGCCGGCGGGUCUGCGACUGGUUAUGGAGCGGCACUCGCAGGUGCAGGAGCGGGUGGUCUUGUAUCUGCUGGUUCUACGAGCGUUGGUGGCUAUGAAGAUAGGGGCCUUACCGGGUCCUUACAUACGGCCCGUGGCCUUGUGUUACUUGAACUAGGACGGACUAUGCAAGCGGUCACCGCAUUACAUGAGGCGGUUCGCGUCUUAGGCGCUAGCGGCAGUGACGCUGCAGCCGGUGCUGGCGUUGCGGGAACUUUACUCUCAAGAGCACUUGAAAUAUGGGAAAUUGAACAGGAGAAGCAGGAAUACGUGCCGCCACCCACCACCCGACAAACUGCUGCUGGUGCUAGCAGUAGAGAAAGGACUACGUCCAAAAGCAAAGAGAAGUCAAGGGAAAAAGCAGCCACGCGGACUAAGUCACGUGGACUGGACCGGCGGGCCACCCAUGAAGAAGAAUGGACGAACGAACGCAGUGGUCUUGUCGAGGACCCGAAUCAAAGUGUUGAAAUGGAACUGGAUGGUGAAGCUGAAGGUUUGCUAAACCCGGCUUUGAACCGUGCUAGAUCCAGACACGCUACUAGGCAACGGGGCCCCGAUGACGCUACGGCGGGAGCAAGGCGUGGUGUCGGUGUGACUACGACCCAGGCGCCAAAUGUCCCAGCCGAAUCUUCGAGAUCGCGUACGACUAGGUUUGCGGGGAGGCGGAGGAGCCCUGCCCGCCGUGGGCCUGGUGGAUGAUGCGGAAUGAUGGAAUACCCAAAUUACGCCCACUUCUUUGAGAUUACUUGAUAACUAUAAAACUUUAUUAUUUUUAUACAUGUCUUUUUCUUCUUACUUCCUUUUUUUUUUCUCUUUCGUGUUGGGUUUGGGACACUGGAAUUAGGGAGCUCGACAUGCUGGUAGCCGAUACCCAUUGGUUUUUUUUUAGGUUUGUGUUUUUCUUGUAUGCAGUAUGAAUACGACGGACUAGGUAAGAGAGUGGGCAAGGAUAAUAAUGUUCAUUGCACUGCUCUGGAUAAAGUUGGUGUCUUGCGCCUUCACCCUGUUUUCUUAUAUAUUUUGUUUCAUGCACCUUCAAAGCAAGCAUUCUGGGGUGUUGCAGAAAAGAACUGAACGGGUGUAUAUAUAUAGAGGUACCAAGAUAGGUUUGACGUAGCAGAAGUAACCUUUGAUGAUACAUGAUGACAUAGUAGCUGUGUUUUUGCAGAAUGUCCGAGAAAAUGGUGCACAGGCAGGCAGGUGUAUGGUAUGGGAAGUUAGGAGGGCCGGGUGGGGGAGGGAAAAGUGAGGUACCAAUUAUGAGGAAGCCCUUGUAGGGAAAAUAUUGUAAAUCUAGCUAUCUAAAUUAUCGAGAUUAGCUCUAUAAAAGAGUUUUUCCUGAAAAACAACAUUUGAAAAUCACAGAAGCUUAGAUUUCCUUUGAUCUCCUGUCGACUUUUUGAGUCCACGAAUUUAUUUUUUUCUAGGCAUGUCGUCCGAGUACAUAGAUACGUGUAUCAACCAAAUUAAUAGCUGUGAAAUCA